AAGCGGAACUGAUGCGCGGUUUCCAGCUAAUUGUGCUCACAUUGAAACGAUCAUAUUUGUGUGAAUAAUAUUGAUGGAAUCUGGGAUACGUUACUCCCAAUACACAGAUUGAUAAUCUGUCCGAUACGACACGUCACAUAUGUGAACAUGCCCCGCAGAAAGAGAACCACAGGCAGCAGUUCAGAUGGGACAGAGGACUCAGAUUUCUCUGCCGAUCUUGAGCCAACCGAAACAGUCAGAAACACACAGCAACGUAAGAACGCGCGCCUGACUCGAACGUCCGUACGUCUCAGCCAAAGCACUCAAGAUAACUCCAUAGUACAAAGCAGUUCUCCGGCAGCAGUGGCCCCCGAAGAAGUUUUGGAGGCAGCAGUGUUUUCCACAGGGCGCAGAAUCACGCGCAGCCAGCAGGGCACGACAAACACCACGGCCAAAAAGUACCCGCUGCGCCAGGGCAGGACAUCCGGUUCAGAUGUGGAGCCUAAUGCAGUAAUAAAGCAGGCGGCAGACCACGACGAGACCCCUCCCCGCACGCCGACCGGCAAUGCCCCGUCUUCCGAGUCAGACAUUGAGGCCUCCAGCCCUGGCAACGACCUUGUGUCUUCCAGCAACGAUGCGAUAAUUUCUCAAGAGGAAGACGAGAGGUUGGCAAAGGAGCUUUCCCUCAAAGAGGCCGCCGCUCACGACCUUUCCCAUCGGCCCAAACGACGGCGCUUUCACGAGAGCUACAACUUCAACAUGAAGUGUCCUACACCUGGGUGUAACUCACUGGGUCACCUGACCGGCAGACAUGAGAGACACUUCUCCAUAUCGGGAUGUCCUCUUUAUCACAACCUUUCAGCUGAUGAAUGCAAGGGCAAACCCUCAACUCGCGAAAAACAGGCCGAGGAAAGGACCCUGUCUCACCGCCAAGACGAGAAUAGACACUCCACAAGACACCAGUCCCCAACAGAGUGUCAGCUGCGCUACAAGGAGAAGGUGACUGAGCUGAGGAAGAAGAGGAACUCUGGCCCCAAUAAGGAGCAGAAGGAAAAGUACAUGGAUCAUCGUCAGAGCCACGGGACCAGUCGCGAGCCCCUGCUGGAGAACAUCACCAGCGACUACGACCUGGAUUUGUUCAGGAAAGCGCAGGCACGUGCCUCGGAGGACCUUGAGAAGCUUCGUCUGGCGGGCCAGGUGUCGGAGGGGAGCAACAUGAUUAAGAUCAUUGUGUUCGGUCGCUACGAACUGGAUACUUGGUACCACUCUCCGUACCCGGAGGAAUAUGCCCGCUUGGGGAGGCUGUACAUGUGUGAAUUCUGCCUUAAGUAUAUGAAGAGCCAAACCAUCCUGCGCAGACACAUGGCGAAGUGUGUUUGGAAGCAUCCCCCAGGCGAUGAAAUCUACCGAAAAAGCAACAUCUCAGUCUUCGAGGUGGACGGCAAGAAGAACAAGAUUUACUGUCAGAACCUGUGUUUGUUGGCCAAACUCUUCCUGGACCACAAGACUCUGUAUUACGACGUUGAACCUUUCCUCUUCUACGUGAUGACUGAGGCUGACAACACAGGUUGCCACCUAGUCGGGUAUUUCUCCAAGGAGAAAAACUCUUUCCUAAACUACAACGUGUCCUGCAUCCUCACCAUGCCACAGUACAUGAGGCAAGGCUACGGCAAGAUGCUAAUAGACUUUAGUUACCUGUUGUCGAAGGUGGAGGAGAAAGUGGGCUCGCCAGAACGCCCCCUAUCUGACCUGGGCCUUAUCAGCUAUCGCAGUUACUGGAAGGAGGUGCUGCUACGCUACUUGAACAACUUUCAAGGGAAGGAAAUCUCCAUUAAAGAAAUCAGCCAGGAGACGGCAGUGAACCCUGUGGACAUCGUCAGCACGCUGCAGUCCCUCCAGAUGCUCAAAUACUGGAAGGGCAAGCACUUGGUUUUAAAGCGUCAGGACCUCAUUGAUGACUGGAAAGCCAAGGAGCGUAAACGUGGCUCGGGCAAAAUCAUCGACCCCACAGCUUUAAAGUGGACGCCGCCGAAAGGGACGUAAAAGAUCUUCAACACAACACACAUCCUCUUCUGGCACGCACACACAAACACACACUCACACACUCACACUGGUCUUGUUCACUUGCAGCAGCUUCUUACAGAGUCAGAUAUUAGUGCAAGUUUGGCACUCGUUGGAAUUUCGACAAUAUACUUUAGUUUUUGUCUCUUUGGUUACUGCUUCUCAUUGUCCUGGAUAAAAAAGUAUGGAAGGUAAAAGUCAUUACGUGUGUUUUCAAUCAUACUAACACUGACCUGACUGAGCUCUGACUGGGAAAAAAACUUGAAAGUUAUUUAUUGCUCCAAAAUAACAAUAAAAAAAAAAGUUUGCCUAAUAGGAAACUCAUUCACAAAAUUGUCAUGGUCUUUUAAAAGGCUUUGGAAUUCUAUUUUGGUCAAAAUGCUAAAGAAUGUGAAGAAGAUAAAUACUUCUGAAACCUAAAGCUAUAGCUGCCAUUGGUCUUAUUUGGACUGUUUUGUCUUUAAACUGGGACCUGCCUUUAUUUUGUUUGUCUUCUUCUGUAAUUACCUUAAAGACAAAUGAUCUUUUUUUCCCCCUCUUAGUUCAUUAUUUAAUCCUUUUCUACCUCGUCGGGUUUACCACUGUUGAAAUGGUGAAAUGUACACCGUUUGAAGCGUCUUUUUUCAAGUUUCUUUUGAUCUUGUGUAAAAAAAUGUCAUGUGCAAAGCCUUUUUUUUUUUUUUUUUU